UUGGCUCGCGGCGCGUACACCGAAUGCCACAGAACUUGGCUCGCAUCGGAGCUUGGCUAACUUGUAGAGGUUUAUGUCGUAAUCCGCCAGUGUGAAAAGUCCGUGACCAAGUCAACAAAUUGGCUCGCUAAACAACCAAAACUCGGACUAAAAUUCAUAUAAAUUUCGCAACUGGCAAACAUUCUGUGAUUAAAGGCCAGCAACUUUCCUUAAAAUACAAAUUUAUUUGUUGUAAACUUAUUAAAUAGCUUGGAUACUGUAUCUCAUAGACUGUUUGCUACUUCGGGUGGAAAAUUCGAGGAACGAGCAGAUUGGCUUAAAAGCGAACUGCAGCCAAGGAUAAAGUAACAAAUCUUAAGCCCACAACAAGGUCAUAAUUUAGUCUGUGUGCAAAGCUGUGUCUGUGUGUGUGUGUGUAUGUGCAGGCACUUGGGAAUCGAACUGAGAGGCUCAAAUUUAUUAUGAUGGAUAUUUAGUGACAGCAUCGAUAAGUCUGCUGAAACAAGAGAUUACCGCAUAGAAAUGAAUGUCAACGCGUUUUAAGUGCGCUCAGCAUUUGCGCCCUCAUAAAAGAAUCAAGAUUCCGGACCGGAACGUGACUUUUGGCGCAAGUAAAUUGAAGCCACAGCGCGAUAAAAAACUGCAAUGCCAACCUGAGCGAAAUUUGUUCGCGCAAUCAAACAGAUAAAAGAGAGAUAUAUAUACAUAUCUAUAUAUAUAAGAAGUCAGCUUCCAUGGCGGGCACUUCAGCUGCAUCGAGAAUGAGCGCAGCCAUGCGACAUCAUCAUCUGCUUCAUCUGCCCAGCGCGGCCAUUUGGAUGCUGCUGCUGCUGCUGGCGCUGCUCGCCGCUGCAGCAACUGCGGCGCCGACGUCAACGCCGACUGCAGAUCGGCGUCGCUGCGCACACAAAGGCAUUGUGGAGCUGAUUCGCACCAGCCCGGUAAUUGUUAAAGCUCUCGCCGCGCGCAUCUUUACGGACGCCGAGCUGUCCGACUCGGCCUCUGCAUCGCAAUCGUCCUCCAUUUUAAUAACAUUAACGCCGGAAACAAUAUACAAAGGCGCUUCGCUGCUCAAAAUGGCAAACGGAGCUGCCGCCGCUGCUGCCGCUGCCGCUGCCGCCGCUGAGGCAGGCGAUGGCAGCCUGGGCAAUGAUGCUGCUUCCGGCGGGACUCGACGCAGCGGCAGCGUCAGCGGUUCCAGUGCUUGGAGCGACAGCGGCGCUGCCUACCAAUAUGAGGGGCAACUGAAUGCCACACUAGAGCCGCUGCAUUGCUUCGAUGCUAAUAUGCUGAAAAUGUUGCCUACGGAAUUAAUUGCUUUUGGCAAAUUACUGCCUGCCUCAGCGGUAACCAACAUGGGCUACGGCACGGACUCCCCCCUUGAGUCCAGGCAAUUGCAACGGCCAGAACUGGGAUCAGGCUUAGAUGUGGGCAGCGAUAAGGAUGUGCUUCGCAUCAGCGUCAACGGACUGCAUCGUUGGACGCCCCAAUUUGAGAAUCAUAUCUGGAAGCACUUAGGCUGGGACGAUUGGAGCGAUUUUACGCUUUGCAGUGUCACCUGCGGCAAAGGUGUGCAGCAGCGUUUCCGUCGCUGUCUGCUGGACAAUCCACUGGUGGGCAUCAGCAUGAAUAUGAAUCUGAAUCUAGAUGACGAGGAUGACGAGGACGAUGACGGUGAUGACGAGGCUGGACAGGAUGAAAGCGUGGGGGAGAAGCAGUUUGAUGUGGAUGACGCUGAAGUAGUUGCUGACGAGGCGAAUAAUGAUGCGCCAGCGGUGAUGGGCACGGCAACAACGGCAGCCGCAUUCAAUGCUGAUAAUAAUGAAGUGCUCAGCCAGGACAUGGACGGGACUGAGGAUGCGCUACUGAUGAUGAUGCAACCAGCAGCUGUUGCAGCUGCUACUGUCACGAGCACACUGAUGCAUAAAAGCACACAGUCAACGAUAACAGCAACAGCAACAGCAGCAGCAACAUCAGCAGCAACUGGGUUAACAAGCGACGGUAAUGAAGCGACGCGCACAGGUGUCAGCUUUGUGCCAGUUGCACGUAAUGACCGUCGCAGGCCACGUGCAAAUAAUCAGCACAAAAAACGCAAGGCUGCCAAGAGCCUAGCGCUCUCCACGCUACUCUGCGAGGGCUACAACAUCGAGCAGCGCAACUGCAACAGCUUCGAGUGCAGUGACGACAUUAGCGAUCUGCUCAAGUUCUACAAGAAGCUGCCCGCGUUCAAUGCUGACGAAUUGCCUGUGGCCAGCAACGACAGUUUGUCCAUGGCUGAUGUGCCGGACGUCACGACAGCCUUCUCCGUGGGCUCGUCCUCGUCUUCAACGCCCUCGAACAUGGGCUACAUACGCAGCUGGGGGAAUAUGCAAAACUUUACCCUGAUGAUCACGCUGCGAGCUAAGAAUGAUACGAAAAAUGCAUCGACAAUAUUCUCCAUACGCAAUGUCACACACAAUCUGUAUCUGGAGGCGUGCAAGGAUGGACUGCGUCUAUAUUUGGAGCGCGACAAUACAACGGAAAUGUUGCCGGUGAAAUUCAAUUUAUAUGAUUAUCGCUGGCAUCAAGUAGCCAUCAGCAUACAAAAUGGCGAUUUCAUAUCAAUUUACGUCGAUUGCCUGUGGACAAACAGUUUUGUCGUCUCGAAGCGACUGUUCACGCUACCCCUGGACGCGGAUGUGGAAAUUGGACGCGGCUUUAAUGGCGAACUGCAGCAGUUGCUUGUGCUGCCCGAGCAUCAGGAGCGGCUGCAGUGCAGCAACAAGAGGACAUCGAUUAACGAAGUUAAGCGUUACAUUAUCGACACAUUCAUCGAGGACUAUGCCAGCAAUUAAGGGGGCGUGGCUAACAGCAGCAACAACAACAGCAACAAGAGAGAGAGAGACAACGGUAACCGGAGCAAAAUCAAAUGAAAAUCGCAAAUAUAUUUGAUUGACAAAUGCUUGUGUGCAAAUGAAAUGAAUGUUGCUAGAUAUUUCGAAUGCAAUGGCCAGAAAAUGCAGUCUAUAGAAACUAAAUAUAAAUAUGCAAAGAAAAACAUAAAUAUAUAUGUAAAACACACACACUUAUACAUAUAUAUUUAUAUUUACAUAUAGAUAUAUUUAAUAUAUAUUGUGAUUGAUGUUUCCUAGCAGCGCAUUCAAGAAUAUAUUGUAAAUUACACAAUCUCUCAGUGUUUAUUCGAUUAUAUAGUAUAAAUACAAUGAAUACAAUGAAUACACUGAAUACAAUUACCAUAAAUUCUUACAUUGCAUUUUCUGACAUAUGAGCACAUGUAGGUGAAUGCCUAUGUAUUUGUAACAAUUAAGUUAAUUUGACAUAAUACAAUAAUUAUAAUGACAAAAAAAAAAAAAAAAGAUGUUAAAAAAAAAUUGAUAUUGAUGUAAAUUGCGUUGCUAAAUACGCAAAUGUAAUAUGAAUAUGAUUUAAGUAUAGCGAACAAGUAAAAAUAACUCAAUAAAAUAAUUAAUUAAUUAUGCAUAAGUGUAAAA